AUGGACAACUACAGCUCGUACGAGUGGCACGCGUCCCGGCGACAAGUGACGCCGCGCGGCGAGUCGAGCGGGUCCACGGAUAGGGACAGGCGUGAGCGCGAGCACGAGCGCGAGCGGGACAAGGACGUUGGCUCCAUGCCCAGACGGCCAGUCAUCACCCGCGUGAGCCGUGCAUGUAACGCGUGCCGCCGCGCAAAGAUCAGGUGUAUCGGCGCAGAAACCCCACCGUGCGAACGAUGCCGGACCACUGGCGCAGAGUGUGUGCUGGAGAAGCCACCCGCCAAGCCCGCCGACCAGAACGCGAUGGAGGACCGCCUGCACAACCUCGAAGACCAAAUGACGACCAUGCGCCACCUGCUCCAGGACGUCGUGCACGCCGUGUGCCCCGACAUGGGCGACAAGGGCCACCCGGGGCGGUCUCCCGCCGCGUCCGUGUCGAGCGAGUAUCGGUCUGGCUCUGGAUACCGCCCGCCAAAGUUCUGGCACCGCAGCCCCGACGUGUCGGCCAACCACCACAACCCACAGCCGCGCGAGGGCCCACCCGAGUUGCAAAAGCUGCGGGGGAUGGGCGAACCGCACACUUACGAGCAUGCAGACGAGCACCAGAACCGGCACGGGCACCAGCACCAGCAGGCCGCCACCAGUCCCGAGACUGAACUCGGCCGGCGGCGCCGGCGGUCGUCGACGCCCGCUGAAGACGUGCUCGCAAUGGACGAAAUGGCCAACCCCCUCGGCGUGCUGCGGACCAUCGCGACGCGGAUGGAGAUGGAGGACAGCGGGUCGCCGCCGCCGAAACGGCCGCGAACCGUGCCCGGCGAAGGAGCAGGAGCGGGGGCGGGCCUGGCACACGGACACGGACACGAACGCGGACAAGGACUCGGGCCCGACAGGAGCGAGCAGGACCGCGACGAGGACCCGCUGUCGCUCGGUCUCAUUGGCGCCGACGAGGCCGCCGAGCUCGUGCAGGUCUUCUAUGCCGGCUCGUCGGAUUUCAUCAACUGCUACGAUCCCGAGAAGGACAGCUUUUAUGCCCUACGCGAGCGAUCGCCGUUUGGCCUCACGGCCGUCAUGAUGGUUGGGGCGCGGGUUCGGGACGGCGGCGGGCGGAUGAGUGAGGCUCAGAGAAUGUGUCUCACCGCCGCGAGGCGGAUAGGUGGGUUAUUCGUCCUCAAGGUUCACCCGCUCAUGACAGCGAUGAAGACGCUCGUUCUGCCUGGGUCCACGGUCGAGGACGUCAAGGCUCUCAUCCUGCUUGCGGCGUUCACAGACGACGGCUGGCUCAUCGCCGGCCACGCAGUGCGCCUGGCACUCGACCUCCAGCUCAACCUAGCCUUCAACAAGCUCGUACAGCGUGGAAUGGGCAAAGGACGUACCCGCGCCGAACUGGAGCGCGACGACCAGGCGCUGCUCGAGCAGGCUCGCGUGUGGUACACUGUCUACCGCCUCGAACACCAGAUGAGCUACGGCAUGGGCCGCCCGGCCAUCGUCCAGGAAGACGACACGAUCCACAACUCGCGCGCGCUGCUGGACCACCCGCUGAGUCUCGACUCGGAUGUGCGCCUCAUCUACGCCGUGGAGCUUACGAGCCUGCGUGCGCCCCUCCAUGUCCAGAUCACGGCGCGCCCCGACUCUCCUCUAGACGGAGACAUGCUGUCACGCUUGUCCUGGGCAAACGAGCAGUUUGACGCCUGGGAACGACACUGGCACGAGGUGCUGAUUGACCGGUUUGGGCCGGAGCGUACAGGUUGGAUCCGCGAGAGUCUGCUCAUGCAGCGCCAGCUCGCCGAGCUGUUCCUCAACUCACAGCUGCUGAGAGGCAUCCAGUCCCAGGCGGACGUGGCGGCUAUGAGCGGGGAGAAGCGCGGCUUUGCGCUGCGGGCAAUCCACAAUGCGCUGAGGUGCAUGGACAUUGCCCUGCGUGGACGACAUUACGCCGCCGGCCUGCCAUAUGGAACACACUACACCCAUGUCUGCGCCGCCUUUAUCGCCUCGUUCCUCAUCCGCAUCGCCCGUUUCUUCCCCGACGAAAUGGACCUGCCCCGCGUCGCCGCCGACGUCGAGGAGAUGGCCGCCGUGCUGUCCAAGCUCCCAGCAGGACGCUACGCACGCUCGCUCCGCCUCACGCUGCGAAAGGCUCGGCGUGAAAAGAUCUUCCCGCCCAGCACGCGCACAGGCGUCGCCACCACCUCAGGCCCCGGCAGCGCCUCGGACAUGACGCUGGCGCCGACCCCGUCCGACUGGCUCACUGCGUUCGACCUCAACCCGGAAGACCCGGCAUUUGGGCUGAUGGGCAUCACGCGCGAUGGGCCCCUGCCGCUCUUCCUCAACGGUGACCUGGGCACGACGGCGGCCGCGACCGACGCAGUGCCGUUCACGGGCCUAGAGGCAUUCUUCAUGCCGGCCGAGCUGGACCAGCUCCUCACGUCGUUGCCGUCUGAUGUGGUCUAG